UGCUGCUGCGGCUGUCUGAUAACACCGGGCAGGGAAACAGCACGGCCGUGGACACCUUCAGCUUCACACGUCGUCAUCUUCACACAGAAGUAGCCUAAUUUUUAAAAAAUUCUUUAAUCUUUUACUCGCCUUUUUCGCGUUUUGGUUAACGGCGUUAAUGUGGUGUUAAGAUGGUUUUAGGCUUUAAGAUGUUGUAAAGUCAUCUCACACUCUGGAUAUUCGACUACAGUGAAUUCUCUAACGUCCAGUGCGAGAGGCUGCGAUGCUCUCAGCGAGGGAGAAAGAGCUCAUUUCAGAGAUAUGGGAAAGACUGACUCCCGUGGCAGAAGAUAUUGGAGCAGAGGCGCUUCUUAGGAUGUUUGCUACUCAACCAGGUUCCAAGACAUACUUUUCCCAUCUUGACAUCAGCCCCAGCUCUGCUCACCUGCGCUCUCACGGACAGAAGAUUGUUCUGGCCAUCGCAGAGGGAGCCAAAGACAUCAGCCAGCUGGCCAUCACCCUGGGUCCUCUGCAAACCCUGCACGCUUACCAACUCCGGAUAGAUCCCACCAACUUUAAGUUCUUCUCACACUGUAUGCUCGUCACCCUGGCAGCUCACAUGCGCAAAGACUUCACACCAGUUGCACACGCAGCAAUGGACAAGUACCUGUCGGCUUUCGCAGCCGUGCUCUCCGAGAAAUUCAGAUGAGACCCAGCCACGGGUUUUUAGGAAGUAUGUGAACCAUUUAUGAUGCCAUAUGAUGUGAGGUAUUUAUUUAUGUAUGUGUUGUUGUUAUAAUGCAAUAUUUUGUAAUAAUAAAAAUGUGAAACUAACAAUUUUCCUGUUGUGUUGUACCAUAUAAAGUCCAUAUAAAGGACCAACCAUGGGCCAAACCUGUGUUUUUGCAUGUGUUAUCCCAUUUAUUACAAAUGAUGUAAUGAUGACCAUUUUCAAAACAUAACGUACAUUAUUAGAUUGCAAUACUGUGUGUAAUUCAACUCAAAGGAAUUUGAAAUCCCUGCAAGUUGAUUUGUAUACUAUACUAGCUUAAAUAGAAAACAAUGACAACUUGAAACAUAGGGAAUCUGAUGUAUUUAUUUUUCAAGAUGGGCAGUGUUUUUGAAAAUUAUUUUUGAGUAAUAACGCCAGAUUUUUGACCAUUUUUGUCUUUAAAAUUGUAAUCAUUUUUGAAAUUUAAAUUAAGCAACAGUAAUUUGUAUAAACUUAAAACAAUAGGAAAGCUGCAAUGCAAGAAGUCAUUGUGGAAAUGUGUGAGGCACAGUAACAGCAUAUCUACAUCUUGUUAGGGUUGCAGUGGUAUACGGUUUUCAUGUAUACUAUAGUAUAAAAAUUGACGGUUAUCAUUUUGUGUACAUUCUCAUAGAGCUAUCCCUACUGCUGAAAUAAAUAUCUAAUACAUUA